GAGGAAUCUUUGAGUAUGCAGAUGGCCCCAAUACCCAGGUUAUGAGUGCUGAGGAGCAAGCCUUCAGAUUUUCUGCCAAUAUUAUUAACAGAAACAGAACUCUGUUGCCUAACACAACACUAACCUAUGACAUUCAGAGGAUACACUUCCAUGACAGCUUUGAAGCAACUAAGAAAGCCUGUGACCAGCUCGCUCUGGGGGUCGUAGCAAUAUUCGGACCUUCCCAAGGCUCCUGUACCAAUGCUGUCCAGUCUAUUUGCAAUGCCCUGGAAGUCCCCCACAUACAGCUUCGAUGGAAGCAUCACCCUUUGGAUAACAAGGACACUUUCUAUGUCAACCUGUAUCCCGACUAUGCUUCUCUUAGCCAUGCCAUUCUGGACCUUGUGCAGUACUUGAAAUGGAGGUCAGCCACUGUGGUUUACGACGACAGUACAGGCCUCAUACGGCUGCAGGAGCUCAUCAUGGCCCCAUCAAGGUACAAUAUCCGGCUGAAAAUCCGCCAGCUCCCGCUGGACACCGACGAUGCCCGGCCGCUGCUGAAGGAGAUGAAGCGGGGCAGGGAAUUCCGCAUCAUCUUUGACUGCAGCCACCUGAUGGCAGCUCAGAUCCUCAAGCAGGCCAUGGCAAUGGGAAUGAUGACAGAAUACUACCACUUCAUCUUCACCACUCUGGAUCUUUAUGCAUUAGACCUAGAACCAUACCGCUACUCUGGAGUGAACCUGACCGGCUUCCGGAUCCUCAAUGUGGAGAACCCGCACGUGUCCUCCAUCAUCGAGAAGUGGUCCAUGGAGCGGCUGCAGUCCGCGCCCAAGGCCGAGCUGGGACUGCUCGAUGGUGUGAUGAUGACAGAUGCUGCCUUGUUGUACGACGCGGUGCACGUGGUCUCCGUCUGCUACCAGCGUGCCCCUCAGAUGACCGUGAACUCCCUGCAGUGCCAUCGGCACAAAGCCUGGAGGUUCGGUGGCCGCUUCAUGAAUUUUAUAAAAGAGGCCCAAUGGGAAGGAUUAACGGGACGAAUUGUCUUUAAUAAAACUAGCGGUUUACGGACCGAUUUUGAUUUGGAUAUCAUCAGCCUCAAAGAAGAUGGUCUCGAAAAGGUUGGAGCGUGGAGCCCUUCUGACGGUUUGAACAUCACGGAAAUUUCCAAAGGACGAGGGCCUAAUGUCACCGACUCGCUGAGCAACAGAUCCCUAAUUGUCACCACGGUCCUGGAGGAGCCCUUUGUCAUGUUCCGUAAGUCCGACACGGCCCUGUUCGGGAACGACCGCUUUGAGGGUUACUGCAUCGACCUGCUGAAGGAGCUGGCCAUCAUCCUGGGCUUCACCUACGAGAUCCGGCUGGUGGAGGACGGAAAAUACGGGGCACAGGAUGAGAAGGGGCAGUGGAACGGCAUGAUCAAGGAGCUCAUUGACCACAAAGCCGAUCUGGCUGUCGCUCCUCUCACCAUCACCCACGUUCGGGAGAAAGCGAUCGACUUCUCCAAGCCCUUCAUGACCCUGGGGGUCAGCAUCUUGUACCGGAAGCCCAACGGGACCAACCCCAGCGUGUUCUCCUUCCUCAACCCCCUGUCUCCUGACAUUUGGAUGUACAUCCUCCUUGCCUACUUGGGGGUCAGCUGCGUGCUGUUUGUCAUAGCCAGGUUCAGCCCAUACGAGUGGUAUGAUGCUCAUCCCUGCAACCCAGGAUCAGACAUCGUGGAGAAUAACUUCACCCUACUGAACAGCUUCUGGUUUGGGAUGGGAGCACUGAUGCAGCAAGGCUCUGAGCUGAUGCCCAAAGCACUGUCUACACGGAUCAUUGGUGGCAUAUGGUGGUUCUUCACCCUAAUUAUCAUCUCGUCCUACACGGCCAACCUUGCCGCCUUCCUGACAGUGGAGAGGAUGGAAUCCCCCAUCGACUCAGCAGAUGACUUGGCAAAGCAGACAAAAAUAGAGUACGGGGCAGUGAAGGAUGGAGCUACUAUGACCUUCUUCAAG